CAGACUGAGAGCAGCACUCCAAUCUAUUUUUAUUUAUGUUUUGGCAGUCUGGCAUCUUAUCCUGGAGAACUGAGUAAAUAUUGUCAUAAUCAAUGUAGAUGAGGGCUGUGCAGGAAAAAUGGACACGAAAUAUUUUCGAAGGCAUGACAACUGGGCGAAUGUUCGUCUGUGCCUGUCUUGGCGUGGGCACAUUCAUGUGGUUAUCCAGAACCCUCGAUUCUGUGACGGCAGCCAAUAGUUCGAAUUACUACAUUGGCGAGACCUCCACUCCAGCUUCUACUGAAGAAAACAAGACCGCUAGGCGAAGCUCAUUUGAUAUAUGCAUACUGCCAGAAUUCGAUCCAUGGGAUGCGCAAAUAAUACCGUACGUCAAUCUAGACUACAAUCCAUUGAAAAAAUGUAAUCGAAGCUACAAACCAAUGACGACGCUGAAAAAUGGCAUAGUUACAAUAAACGAGAAAAAUGCUUCAUGUCAGGGGAGAUGUUUGACACGGUUGGGUGAAACGAAGAACAGGCAUGGGAAAUGGAUAAACGUAGACGAUGCUGACUUUCGAUGUGAUAUCGUGGAAACGACUUGCUCAAGAAAGAAUGGAAAUUCCUCUUAUCGUAUGGUCCAUGCGCAAAUUAUUGAAGUGAACGACACGAAGACGAAAAAAAUAGACGAAGACGGAAAUCUUCACAGUGUCUAUGUCAUCUUACUCGAUUCAACAGCACAUACACAAGGUAUAAGGAAUCUGCCACAAACAAUGCAUUUUUUCGAAAAUUCUAUGCAAGCCGUAACCUUUCCACAUAUAAACAAAGUUGGUUUGAACAGUCGACCAAAUGGAGUGGCACUGUGGUUUGGAAAACGGCUGGAAGCAGUUAACAGAAAAUUAUUUGGAUUACCCGACAUUCCACCAGACUGGACAUACGAACAUUAUUGUAAAAGUUUUCUGGACAAUGAUACAUUUUUGUUCAAUGAGUUCUCUGACCGAGGUUACAAGACCUUAUUAGCCGAAGACUGGAUGAAAGGAACUCUUAAUUGGCCAAAUUGUUGGGGAUUCAAUAAACAACCGACAGAUCAUUACAUGAGACCUUUCCAAAUUGCGCUGGAGAAAGAUUUAACCGAGGAUUUGAAAAAAACGUACAGUAGCGCUAACUGUAUCGAGCAACAUAAGGACAUACUCAUUUGGUUACAGGAUUUCGUAAAUUCUUAUGGAGAUACGCCAAAAUUAGGCUGGAUUUGGCUCUCACUGCUUGGUCAUGAUCAUGAAAGCGGUACCAUCCAUGCGGAUCCAGACUUUUUCCGUUUCCUUCUUCAUAAUAAGAAGAAGCUAGAUGACUCCUUCGUCAUCAUUCUAGGAGACCAUGGAUUGCGAGGUGGAAGGGUAACUAAAACUGAUCUUGGAAGCUUGGAAGUAAACAACCCCAUGUUCUCCAUCUCUAUACCAAAGAAACUUCGAGAAACUACAGAUAUUCUUGAAGUACUUCGCGAAAACACAGCUCGACUUCAAACAACUUUCGACAUUCGGGCUACACUGCUCGAUAUUUUAAAGUAUCAACCAGCUGUGAAUUACACUGAUCGAAAUUAUAUGGCUAUCAAAGGCGAAUACGGUUCAUCACUGAUGAGAAAACAACCUGCUGAGGAGAGAACUUGCAAAACCCUUUACGUGCCUCUCUCGUACUGCACAUGCCAAUAUCCACUUGAGGAGGUGAAGAGAACGAAACAGGUGGCAACAGAUGCCGGAAAAUACCUUGUGAAAUACAUCAAUGAAUUUCUCGAAGAGAAGAAUAUGUCUAGAAUAUGCGAAAAGCUGGUGUACAGACAUACAAUAUCGAUCUCCGCAUAUGUGCCGGAAGAAGUAACGAAAACAUACCAAGUUUCGGUGAAAGUAAUGCCGCCAUGCGAUGGAGAAUUCAAGGCCGUUGUUCGACAAACAAAUGGAAGUUAUGAGAUGGCCACCGGGUCCGUUGAUCGGAUAGAUCGAUAUGGAAGCAAAGGAGACUGUGUUGAAAGCUCCAAACACCUUUGUCAUUGCAAGGUUGAACAAAAGAAGAAAACCGUGAAGAGAACUAUAAAAAAAUCUUGACCUGCCUUGCUCACAUUUUCAAUAUCCUUCUUCUCAUCCUCAUCACGGAUAAUGUCUUUCACUUUAGAACUUAGAUCGAGUAGGGUAUACGCAAUAAUAAUGACAAUGUUGGUACAAAAUUCACUUGCAUGUUUUACACUUUCCAACUCAUUUGCUUUUAAUAAUGAGAUUUUAACUUCUUCUGCAUAGCAAAGUUUCAUCGAAUUAAUGAUUUAGCUUUGCUAGCGGUUAUACCUGUGAUUAGUGACGGGUUACUGCUGUGAUACUACGCAUAUCUCAGCUGUAAGUGCCAUCAGUACUGCAAUCCGUUUAUGUACGACUUGAUAUGAUGC